AUGUUGAUUUCAUGGUGGUACUUAUACCUGGGAGCUCAAAGCAUCUACAGACAAGUGGUGAACAUGGCAUCUGUGCUGCAGAAGCUCAUCACUCCCCUGUUCAGUGGGCCUGCUGAGCCGCCUAGGAACAAAGUUACAGUGGUUGGAGUGGGACAGGUUGGCAUGGCCUGCGCUGUCAGUAUCCUGCUACGGGAGCUCGCUGAUGAGUUGGCCCUGGUUGAUGUGAUGGAAGAUAAGUUGAAAGGAGAGAUGAUGGACUUGCAGCAUGGAAGCCUUUUCCUCAAAACUCCUAAGAUUGUCUCAGGAAAAGAUUACUCAGUGACAACGAACUCACGCAUUGUGGUGGUGACAGCAGGUGUACGUCAGCAGGAAGGUGAGAGCAGACUCAAUCUGGUGCAAAGGAAUGUCAACAUCUUCAAGCACAUCAUCCCUCAGAUUGUAAGAUACAGCCCCAACUGUGUCCUCAUUGUGGUGUCUAACCCAGUGGACAUUUUGACCUAUGUGACCUGGAAGCUGAGUGGUCUCCCCAAGCACCGUGUGAUUGGCAGUGGCACUAACCUGGACUCAGCACGCUUCCGCUACCUAAUGGCAGAACGCCUGGGUAUCCACCCCACUAGCUUUAAUGGAUGGAUCCUGGGAGAGCAUGGUGACUCUAGUGUCCCUGUUUGGAGCGGAGCAAAUGUGGCAGGAGUGAACCUGCAGAAACUGAACCCGGACAUCGGCAAAGACAGUGACCGGGAGAACUGGAAAGAAACUCACAAGAUGGUGGUUGACAGCGCCUACGAGGUGAUCAGACUGAAAGGCUACACUAACUGGGCUAUUGGACUGAGUGUCGCUGACCUGACCGAGAGUCUCAUUAAAAAUAUGUACAGAGUCCACCCCGUCUCGACAAUGGUGAAGGGCAUGUAUGGAAUCAGCGAUGAGGUCUACCUCAGCCUGCCAUGUGUGCUGAACAGCAGUGGAGUUAGCAGCGUGGUCAACAUGACGCUGACUCAGGACGAGGUGUCCCAGCUGAAGAAGAGCGCAGACAUGCUGUGGAACAUUCAGAAAAACCUGAAGGAUUUGUAGGAUGCCCAGAAGAGAGAGCCCUCAUACACAGAGUCACAUUGGGCCAGCACCUGUACUCAAAGUAGCUUUAGGAAUACUGAUCCAAGAUCACUUUUCCUCCGUCUUCAUGCUUAAAGUUAAUAUGAGCAAAUCAAAAUAGAUAUAGAUACAGCACUUUUAAUCAAUAAUGACUUGAGAAUGUGUUGACUGCGAUGUGUAAAUCAACAUGUAAAUUUUAUGUAUAAAAUGUAUGUAAAAAGUAAGCUGAAUGUUCACAUCAAUUUUUGAUUAAGAUAAGACUGAAGUCUGAAAAUAAAGACUUGGGAGACUGAA